CUGAGAAUUAGUAAAGGUGCACCAAAUGUUUUAUUGGCCUUAACAACAUCCUGUCGACCGAAUUCGACCAUAACUUCUCCGGGUUCGUUUACCUCCCUUGUUUGACUCGGUCUCGGCUGUUUCUCCUAAGCCGUGAAAGUAAAAAAUAUCCCAAAUCUGUUCAGAAGAUAUCUAGUAAAAUUUGAGUUACAGAGGUACUGAACAAGAAAGAACAGCCUUGCAGCAACCGGCAUCGGCGAAACGUUCAUCUUGCCCAGCUAGUACUUGUUUACGCAUUUUUAAUAUGAUCAAAAGAAUGGUAAACGUUGUUGGUUCCCUCUCGUUCGUUUUUCACUGAAUGUCACUGGAUUGUAGCUCCCAUUCGGAGCGGAGUCUGAUACGUUCAGUGGCCGGUGAGCGUUGAAUGUGUCGAAUCAGUAUUCGCUAUUCAUUUCAGUGACAGUGAAAAUAGUCAACUAGCUAUCGAAACUAAGUUAACCUCAAACAUCAGCGGGUGCAUUGAAAGUGGAAACAGGUCGUCCUGCAAGCGCGUUCUAUAUUCGAUGUAAACAUUUCAGGAGUCAGUUAGAAGCUCGGUUUAUAUUACAAGCGGUUCGAGCACGCGUACGGUACCCCUUACCGUGUCAAAAUUUUGGCUUGUCAAAUGUCCAUUUGUCGGCACAUGACAAGAUUUUUUUAAUUUUGGGAUGAUCGGCACUUCGAAAACGAUAAAUGGCUCUUCAGGUUAUCAAACAUAUGGAUGUAUUUAUCGGUUUUGGAACCACUUCCGGGUUAAUACAUGUAUGGCGAUAUAUCGGUGAUAAAUAACGGCAUCAGGAAGACACGACUAAUGUUUCACAAAGAAAACGACAAUUCUGAAAAGAAGGGGAGAAAACGCCGGUCCCUUAUUGUGUUUAUCCAUAAUAUCGAACAACAGAGAAUAGUUUUUAUCCGUCAUGUCCAAGCCAUUAAACAGUCGCCAGCAAUGAAUAACUGCUCUGAUCGACUGCAGUUUGGAUGGGAUACUCAAAUGUGAAUGAAAUGAAAUAAAGAGGAUAAGAGCCUCUGACACUAAGGGUACGUAUAAACUUGUAAACAAUAUUUCUUUAAUCUUAGACUUGCAUUGAACGGUUUUACAACUUUACGACGAGAACUGGAUAGUUUUCUCUCCCGAUAGUUCAAUUAAAUUCUGUAUUGCUUCCUUAAUUCAUGCAGAAAAGUGAUGAAGUUUUCGAGAUGCUUCAUCCUAGCCGGACGCCAUCUUGAAUUUGGUCCUCUUCAGCUCCAAUCAAGAUCCUCUCCAUCUGUUUGUUUUCCUUGCGCUUUCAUCUCGCACCUGAUUGGUUGUUACACAAUUUUCAUGUCAAAAUCAAAUUGAACUGUUGUAGGAUUGUUUAUUUGCAGUAAAACAAGUAGAUUUGUUGCUUGAAAAGCAAGAACGAGAACCCGGCCCUCAAGACAACUGUAGCAGAGAAACGUAUAACAGAGAGCGAACAAGCUAAUGGAACAAGCUGAGUAUUCGUUUUCAAGACGAUUAAACGCACAAAGCAAUAUUAAUAUCAUACAGACCACGGCUUAUAAUUUGUAGGCAUUGGGCAAUACCUCUUCUGUUUCUUAGUCUUCACUUGUCAUAGAGUUAAGACCUCUUUUGUUUUCUUGCAUGAAUAACGUUUUUAAACAACAAUGUAAAGGUCUGUCAUUAGAUUUCCGGUGGUCUGAUUAGAACAAGUAAUGGAUAUCUUGGUAUGCAUAAAACUGAAAGAACAAUGUAUACCUGAAUGUUUGCAGAUAACGAGACUGUUUGUAUGUCUCUGAUAUCUCACCUGCAGUUGCACUGCAGUUGCGCAUUUUUAUUAUAAAGUUACCUCAGCUGAAGUUCGAAAUCCCUGGUUUUAUGAUAUCGUGAUAGAGUUCACAUUUACUCGAUUUUGGGUCAGUUAGACGGAUUUAUGCUCGGUCAAGUUUCACUACACUUCUUGAGAUCUGAGUAGCCAUCAAAUCAUCAAGAAUCAUAUCAGCUUUCGCUGCUCAUUUACUAACUAUAGCGUUCAAAGAUUGUUCUGUAAACUUAUUCUUCGUUCAAGUUAUGCAGAUUGGUGUACAGUAUGCUGAUGAUGCAGCAAAUUAAAGAUAUGCGUUAUUGCUCAAGCGUAAGGUCAAGUUAGCGUGGUUAUGGACCGAGACGCGGUCGAAGUCUAUAAUCCGCGUGAUGAUCACGCACGAAAAAAAAACGAGGCCAGUAUCAUCCUAUAUCGAUCAAGAUUAGUCAGUGAACGGAUUUAUUACAAAGUAAAAAGAACACCAUUUCAACAUUUCCACUCAAAUAUUAAUUUAUUUAAUUAGAAUGUUUUUUAACUGCCUUACUAACAACGCCACGAGUUCUAUAGUCAAAGUUGCAACCUUACAAAUAACAAGCCAUCACUUUUUCUCCACUUCGGCAUUCCAUUUUGUACUAAAACCGUCUUCUUUAAGAUUUCAGAAGUCAUCUGGCAGGUUUUGCAAAGGACCUAUUAUGUAACUCAAUAUUGUUGAAAAUUCAUUGGCAAUCCUGUUACAACCUUUGGGCCAUUGAUUAGCAUUAAUUUGGUUUUGUGACGUAUUACCAUUUAAGAAACUUAGAACGUAGUUUCGCGCGCUGCUUGUCAUCAAUCAGUCAGGAAUAGAAAUCAGCUGGCCUACCAAAGUUAAGUUAUCGGGGUGGUUAAGGAAUUUACCAAGAGCUGUGAUGGGUUGCGGAGGCUCGAAACUUUCUCCUCCGCCGGCGAAAGAACCUCCUCCUGAAGUAGAACAAAACCCUGAAGCUGAAUCGACAAUGAAGAAAGCAGCAGCACCGAAACCUGCAGCAAGCUCCCAGUCUUCAAGCGGAAACUACCCUGAUCUGUCGCAGCAUAACAACUGGAUGGCAAGAUGCCUCACAAAGGAGAUUUAUGAAAAGCUCUGCGACAAGAAAACUCCAAGCGGCUUCUCGCUAGAUCAGGCCAUUCAAACCGGUGUGGACAAUCCAGGUCAUCCUUUCAUCAUGACAGUGGGCUGUGUUGCAGGCGACGAAGAAUCGUACGAAGUCUUCGCAGACCUUUUUGACCCGGUCAUCGAGAAGCGCCAUGGAGGAUACCAGAAGACAGAUCGCCACAGAACCGAUUUGAAUCCUGAGAAUCUUAUUGGUGGAAUGCUUGAUGAGAAGUAUGUGUUGUCGUCUCGAGUGAGGACCGGCAGAAGCAUAAAGAAUCUUAGCUUGCCACCUCAAUGCACACGAGCUGAGCGGCGCAAGGUAGAGGCGUUGGUGACCGAGGCUCUGGACUCCUUGGACGGCGAAUUCAAAGGGAAGUAUUACCCACUGGCAAAGAUGACGGAGAAGGAACAAGAGCAGCUUAUCGAAGACCACUUCUUAUUCGACAAGCCUGUGUCUCCUCUUCUGCUCGCGUCCCGCAUGGCUCGGGACUGGCCUGAUGCCCGCGGUAUCUGGCACAAUGACAAAAAGAACUUUCUCGUCUGGGUCAAUGAAGAGGACCACACUCGUGUUAUAUCCAUGGAGAAGGGCGGGAACAUGAAAGGUGUUUUCGAGCGUUUCUGCACCGGACUUAACAAAGUUGAAGCUGCCAUUAAAGGCAAAGGAUAUGGAUUUAUGUGGAACGAACAUCUAGGGUACAUUCUGACCUGCCCGUCCAAUCUCGGGACGGGACUUAGGGGUGGGGUGCACCUGAAGAUCCCCCAUGUCAGCCAACAGAAAGAGUUCGCCGACAUCCUGAAGAAGCUUCGUCUUCAAAAGCGUGGUGUUGGAGGUGUCGACACCGAGGCAGUUGGAGGCACGUUCGACAUUUCCAAUGCAGACCGACUGGGAUCGUCUGAAGUGGAGCAGGUGCAGUGUGUAGUCGACGGUGUCAGUUUGCUGAUUGUAAUGGAGAAAGAACUGGAGGCCGGAAAACCUAUCACCAGCCUGUAUGAGAAACUCAUGUCCGGUACACCCGCGCGGCAAAUCGUUGUCGAGGCCGAGAAAGGAGAAGUAACAACAGUCAGCAACUUUCCAGAUCUUUCCCAGCACAACAACUGGAUGUCGAGAUGCCUGACCAAAGAAAUUUACGACAAGCUUUCCGUGAAGAAGACACCUUCAGGCUUCACGUUGGACCAAGCCAUUCAGACAGGCGUAGACAAUCCAGGCCACCCUUUUAUCAUGACAGUUGGCUGUGUCGCUGGAGAUGAAGAGUCUUACGAUGUCUUUGCUGAGUUGUUUGAUCCCGUGAUCGAGGGACGCCACAACGGCUACAAGAAGGACGCGCUUCACAAGACCGACUUGAACGCACAAAAUCUUGUUGGAGGCGAAGACCUGGACAGCAACUUCGUCCUCUCAAGCCGUGUUAGGACUGGGCGCAGCAUCCGGGGUUUGGCCUUACCACCUCACUGCACCCGUGCCGAACGCCGGGAAGUUGAGAAGGUCGUAGUGGAAGCCUUAGACACGCUAAAAGGAAGUUUACAAGGAAAGUACUACCCCUUGAAUAAGAUGACACCACAAGAGCAAGAUCAAUUGAUUGAAGACCACUUCCUGUUUGAUAAACCGGUCUCACCACUGCUUUUGUCUUCCGGGAUGGCUCGGGAUUGGCCCGAUGCUCGCGGGAUCUGGCACAACGACCAGAAGACCGUGCUGGUGUGGGUAAACGAAGAGGACCAUACACGCGUCAUCUCCAUGCAAAAGGGCGGCAACAUGAGAGAAGUCUUCACUCGCUUUUGUGAAGGUCUUCAACAGAUCGAGGACGCCAUGAAAAAGAAAGGUAAAGCAUUCAUGUGGAAUAAGCAUCUGGGGUUCAUACUCACGUGCCCAUCUAAUCUGGGCACGGGCUUGCGCGCUGGCGUGCACGUGAAACUACCCACGUUAUCAAAAGACGAGCGCUUUGAAGACAUCCUCAAGAAGCUGCGCCUACAGAAGCGUGGAACUGGAGGAGUGGACACCGCCUCUACUGACGGCAUCUUUGACGUGUCAAAUCUGGACCGACUGGGCUUCUCUGAGGUGGAACUCGUUCAGAAAGUCGUCGAUGGCGUCAAGCUUCUUGUUGACAUGGAGAAGUGUCUUAUGGAAGGAAAGUCCAUUGACGAUCUGGUGCCAAACUAAAAGAGACUUCUCUUAAAUAUGAGAACUUUGAAAACACUUUUGAAAACUUUCUUUUAAGGCUUAAUCACUGGAAGCCAAACUUUGCUUAAUGUGUGAACUAACGUAUCUGAUGCCGUAGUAGGAGAGACCUGUCAGAAUUUCAGAACUCUGACAAGUUCUUGAGCUUUUUCAAAAGCUUAUACACAACUUUGUAAUGUUUAAUGACAUAGGCUGGUGUUUGAUUUGAAACCCAUAAUUACUCUUCAACCAGGAAAAUAUCGUAGAAUUGGCCAGUAGCAAGACUGAACAGUGUUGCAGUAUCUGUUUACAGAAACCUCUAGACAUGUGUUCUUGAAACGAAAUACAUCCUCGGAUUACCAAAUUGAAAUGUCUGUGAGAGGUUACACGUAAUGAGUGUUCCAUAGCAAACGAAACAUGAUGUAUAAAAUGAACAGUGUGGGUAAUAUAGAGUGCCUUACUUCAGUGGAAGUACGUAAAAUAUUCAACGAAGUAUCUUGAGUCUGCACAUAGAAUUGUUUGAGUGUAAUACAAAACAGGAUAAUAAAUUCUGGCUUUUUCUGGAAUUGAAA